AUGGAUAAAUUAAGACAACCACCUGAGUUGCAAUUCGUUUCGAGCGAUGGUGAUUUGUCUGAGCGGUGGAAAAGAUGGAUACAAACAGUCAAUUUAUACAUGGAUGUCUGCAUGAAAGACGCAUCUGAGAAAGAGAGAUGCAGCGCUUUCUUAUAUAUCAUUGGUCAAGAUGGCAGAGAUAUCCACAACACAUUUGAUUUUGAGACGAGCGAAGCCGACAAAAUAAAACCAAAUACUAAAGUUUGAAGAUUAUUGCAUACCGAAGCAAAAUACAACAAUGCAGCGAUAGAAAUUUAAUAAACGCGUGCAAGGCAAAACCAAAUCAGUUGACCAAUAUGUUACUGAACUACGGCUUUUGGCGAAAAACUGUCGUUUUGAAGAACUACAAGAAGAGUCAAUUCGGGGUUGAAUCAUUUGUAGCAUAAAAUCGGACAGACUUCAAGCUCGAUUGCUUCGAGAAGACGAUUUAACUUUAGACAAAUGCUAAUGGUAGCAUAUGCUAAUGGUAGCAUAUGCAAAGCAGACGAAGAAUCGCGUAAACAACUUAAAGACCUGACGAAAGACGACAGUUUUAAAGUAAAUUCAGUGAAGAAUAGGUCAAGAAAAGGGAGUAAUGACAGCAAACCAGCGAAGUUUAAGCGAGAAAAACAGAAAAUAUCCUCGGGCGAAGUAAUAAAAUGCAGCAAAUGCGGGCGAGACCAUCCAAGCAAGCAAUGUCCAGCACAUGGCAAAGUCUGUCAUGCAUGCCGAAAACUAAAUCACUUUGCGAAGUGUUGCCGCUCAAGGAAAGUACAUGGAAUUGAUCAAACGCAUACAGAUCCGGAUAUUCUAUUUGUUGGAACGGUUGAUAAGAAACCCGAACAGUCGACUAAAACAGAAUUGACGAAAGACGAGUGUUUUAUAACUCUAGAAGUUAACGAAACACCGAUCAAGUUUAAAGUUGACACAGGAUCUAAAGCGAACAUAAUUCCCAUGUCGACUUACCGAGAAUUGAAAGAGCCUAAAGAACCCAUUCAAACAUCAAAGACCUCAUUGACAAGCUACACUGGUGAUAAACUUAACGUUGUUGGCAAAUGCACGUUGAAAUGUAUACGAACAAGUCGCUGAACUUUUUCGUGAGCGAAACAGAUCAAUAUCCUAUACUUGGUUUUCAAGCGUCGCAAGAACUCGACAUAAUCAAGGUUGUGAUGAGCACUAAUAAAGAGAGAGAUCUUAAGGAGAAAUACUCAGAUGUAUUCAAAGGCUUGGGGUGCCCGAAGGAGCCAUAUCACAUUGAAUUGGAUCCGGAGGUAUCACCUGUAGUAAAUGCAGCGAGAAAAGUUCCUGUAGCAAUAAAAGGUCGUUUAAAGCUUGAGUUAGAAGAAAUGGAGAAGCAAGGAGUUAUUCGUAAAGUGGACAGACCGACUGACUGGGUCAACUCAAUUGCAAUAGUGGAGAAACCAGGUACGGGGAGACUACAAAUACGCCUAAACCCGAAGCAUCUAAAUGAAGCAAUCGGUAGAAGAAAUAGCGUCUCGGCUCUCGGGUGCGAAAGUGUUCUCCAAACUAGAUGCAAGACAUGUUUAUUGGCAGAUACCAUUGGAUGAGCCAAGCCUACUUCUAACGACGUUCAGCACACCAUUUGGCAGAUAUUGUUUCACGAGAAUUCCUUUCGGCAUUAAAUCUGCGCAAGAAGUUUUCCAGAAGAAAAUUUCGCAGCAUCUUGAUGGAAGGCGUAGCCACUGAUAUUGAUGACAUACUCAUUUGGGGAUCUGAUGAACAGGAGCAUGACGCACGAUUAGAAGACACCCUACAACGAUGUGAAGAAAUAAACCUCACAUUAAAUGUAGACAAGUGCAAGUUCAAGGUGAAAGAAGUAUCGUAUUGUGGUCACAACCUUACGAAAGUGAAACCUGACGAGUCGAAGAUUAAAGCAAUUCAAGAUAUGCCAACACCAUCGUCGAAGGAGAUUGAAAGAUUACUUGGAACUGUAAAUUACUUAGCAAAAUUUGUACCUAACCUAGCAACGAUAACAGCGCCAAUCAGCAAACUGGUGAAGAAAGAGAUCGAGUUCUAUUGGUCGCACGAGCAGACGAAAGCUUUUGAUGAGAUUAAAGAAAUUCUUACCCGGCAAUCAGUUCUCAAGUUUUUUUAUCCAACUAAACCGGUUAUAGUGCGUUGUGAUGCCUCGCGGAAUGGACUUGGUGCAGUUCUGAUCCAGGAAGAACAACCAAUUGCCUAUGCGUCUCGUUCCAUGACUGAAGCAGAAACUAGAUACGCACAGAUUGAGAAAGAACUACUCUCUGUUCUAUUUGCUCUUGAAAGAUUCAACGCGUACACCUAUGGAGUGAAAGUCCUUGUUGAAAAUGACCAUAAGCCAACUUGA